GUCUGCUUUGUAAUGUUUUUCUACUCACGCGAUAGUUCAGGCGAGAAGAAGAGAACUUUAGACUUCCUGAUUGUUCAACUGUACCAAAGGUACAGACACAUUACUCUCCUGAUACCAACCCUGGGAAACAAAUAGUGAUCCCUGUAUGUGCUCGUGAUGUCAGUCGUUGGCUGACCCUUUCUAUGACAUGAUGGACAAUAGUCAUUUCGAGCCGAUGGUCUCGUUGUCAGACAGUGCUUCCAUCGGGGAGGCAGUGUCUGGUAGAGAGCAGAGUGAGCCUUAUGAGGAUGACGACCUCUUCUACAUCCCUGAGAGAAGACCUUCACUCCAACUGGAACAGAGUCUAAUGGACACCAGCCACUGGCAUUAUGUAGAGCAGGCCUUUCCUCCAGCUCUGAGCUACGGAUCAAUGACCAGUGAAGAGAACUUAAGCAACAUGGACGACGAAGAAGGAUCCUCAACAAGGGUCCAGCUGAAAAGAGCAGAGUCUUACUCCAGCUGCUACUCAUUGGACAGCGACGAUUGUGAAAAGUUAAUUCCCAAGGUGAGAGAUGAAACCGCCACAGAGCUUUCUGACACACUUGAGUUAAUACAAGACCCAAAUGAGUUCAGGCAUCCUGCUCUGACCGUGGCAUUCACUUUCAAGGCUAUUUGUAUAACCCUUCUGGAGCUGUCCGAAGACAACCUCAUGAACUUCAAGAUACUUCUUUGGAAGCGUUACCCACAGUCAUUUAGCACUCCUCCCCAAAGCGUGGACUUGGUGGACCUUGUGGACCGGUUGCUGGAGUGUUACAACCUGGAGGUAUCACUGCAGAUCACCAAAACCCUUCUUGAGGCUCUUAUGCAAAGAAGGCUGGUGAAACUCCUCCAGUCUUUGUGCAUCAGAAAUGAAGUACGUUACGAGUUGAGCAAGACUCUGAAGAAGACAUACGGAGAAAUAGAGGAUGAUUCAGCCGGGCAGGGAGAGAGAAGACCUUUUGACCAUAUCUUCACUGAUCUGGACAUUACCUCGACCUGUAAUAAUGGCCCAAAUAUUGAACAUGAGGUCAGGACCAUAGCCAGACUGGACACCAACAGUAAACCAGGGGAAAAGCUUUCUACUAAGGAUAUCUUAAGCACUGAAAGGCUGGAGGAAACCAACGUAAAGCUUGUGCUGAUCACAGGAGUUGCAGGGUCAGGGAAGUCUAUGGCGGUCAGAAAGUUAAUCCUCGAUUGGAUUGAAGGGCGGUCCCACCAACAUGUGUCCUUUAUAUUUCCUUUGCCAUUCAGAGAACUCCACAAGUUCAAGGAUUCUGAGGUCUCGCUGUUGCAAAUAAUACAAACACUCUACCCGGAAACCAAAAACCUGAGGGAUCAGGAUUAUACCGGCGAUAACUGCAAAGUGAUGUUUAUCUUUGACGGUCUUGAUGAGUACAAAGAGCAUUUUGACUUUCAAGACACUUCGAUUCUCUCUGACCACACAGAGGUCACCACCCUGGAUGUGAUCGUGGUCAAUCUGCUCAGAGCGAGGCUGCUGUACCGCGGCAUAUACCUGGUCUUUUCCCGGCCGAGAUUAGAGGGCUGCAUUCCUUAUGAUACCCCUCAUGAUGAAAUUGAAGUACGUGGUUUCAGUGACCCUGAAAAGGACAACUACUUCAGAAAAAGAUUUCAGAACCCAGAUCAAGGAGCUCGAGUUAUUGCAUAUAUCAACUCCUCCAAAACCCUCCGCAUAAUGUGCCACCUGCCUUUGUUUUGCUCCCUGUUGGCUGAUGAGUACCAGCACAUAUUUAGGGAACAUGGAAUACAGGCCCAGCUGCCCAGAAGCAUCACCUACAUGUACACAAAGCUCCUGUUUGCACUCACGGGUCAGCGCCGCAUAUUAAGAGCUUCCCCUUGGGGCCCAGAUAAAGAGGGAGACUUCCUCAUGAUACUUGGAAAGUUGGCCUUCAACAUGCUGGAAAAAGGCACGUUCCAGCUAAGCAGGUACGAAUGGGAAGGUCUUGAACUGGACAAUGAGGAGGCAGUGACUAACAGCGGCCUAUGCACGGUGUAUGUGAUAAAGCCUCACAUCUUUUGUCAGGAGAAAGUCUUCAGCUUUAUCCAUCCCACCAUGCAGGAGUACCUGGCUGCCCUUUAUGUGUUCCUCUCUUUUAGAAACCAGGGGAAGAACUUGUUUGAGCCGCCGUUGAAAGAAAAGUUCAAGGGGAUGUUCAAAGGGCAGAAGCCAAUGGAGCUGUACAGGAGCGCUGUGGACAAAAGCCUGCAGUGCGACGAUGGCAAGCUGGACAUUUUCCUCCGUUUCCUGCUCGGAACAACUCUUAAGUCCAACCUGGACCUUCUCCAACCUUUCUGCACACCUUCUCCAAAGUGGCAGGCAGUCGCUGAGGAAGCUGCUGCCUUCAUCAGGAAGAGGAUCAAAGAAAAUCAGCACCCGAACAGGAUAGGCAACUUGAGUUGCUGCCUGGAGGAGCUGGGUGUGUGACACUCAAAGGCAGCAUCGGGAUGGAAAACAGUUAAAGACAUGUGCCACCCGCCUGCCUCUCUCCCAGUCAAACAGAGUAUGCACUAAUGGAGCUUAAAAAGCAUAGUCACUCAUGAUUUAAUGUGUACAAAAAUGUAUUUAGGAAAAGAAAAAUGACAACAAAUGUACGGUGUUGCAGCAGUGGUCACGAGUGUUUGUUUUUUUAAAUGCCUUGAUUUCAUUCUCUUAAUCUGAAGCCACUUCUGAAUUCAUUUAAGAAGGGUGGAUGAUAAGGGGCCUUAUUUUUUACAUUUCUUGUUUUCUAGUUUUUAUUGACGUUACAGCGACGUGUUGCUGGCUUAGUCUUGAGGUGGCUUUUUUAACUGCAUUAUAAACACUAUAUCAUCACUGUCACUGUUAACCUGAGGACUAACUGAUCAAUACAAUUCAUAAAAGGAAAAAGUGAGUUAUUUUGCUCUUUUUUAAGUUUGGUUGAUCCAUUUGUAUUGCUUAUUGGCAGCUUAAAUUGGUGUUUUAGUAUGAAAUCAUUAAUCACAUUGAAGAGCUGAAGUAAAAAGCAUCUGUGCUAUCAUUUAGUUCCUCUUAUCACUACCAAAUAUGAAGUGUUGAUCUCAGUGUAUGUUUUGAACAGUGAUACCCAUCGCUAAGAAAGUUAUCUGUUUGAAAUAAUUGCUAAAAUAAACAAUGCAUUACUAAAGAAA